GACUUAAGCAUCACAUAUGAGAAGCAGGUUUAUGAUUUGUUUGCCAUAUUAAAUAAUGAAAAUAAUGAUAAUAACAUAUCCAACGAUUUAAAUAAUGAUUAUUUAAAUGACGUUGAUUAUGAUAUAAAAAUAAACCAAAAAUAUUGUGGAUCGAAUAUUUGUAGAUUCUUAUUCUUAUAUCGACCCCCAGAACAAGAGACACGAGCAAAUUUUCAUUUCAAGACAAUCACUGAGCUCGCUGAGAAACUUAAUCGUACAGUGGUCUUAACAAAUGUUGGACAAUCUAGGAUAGGUUCUUGUCAGCAAUUGCCUUACAAUUUUUAUUAUAACAUAGAUGUAUUACAAGAAAAUUUUCCAAAUAUGAAAUUCAUAUCACAAGCAGACUUCCAACGAUGGACUCGUGAGCGUCGCAACAAACCAGAUACAUCCCAUAUAUACAUUAAUAUUAACAAAAAAAAACAACCAAAUACCUUUGAUCUUGUAGAACCUUUUGUAGAAAACUUAUUAAAAAAACAAUGCCUCAGUAAAUUCCAAUUAAAAAUGGAUGACAACAUGGUUUUCAAGAAUGUCAACAUUGGACCAAUGGGAUUAUGGAGAACUAACAAAUCAUCAAAUUUAAUUAUGGAAAAAUAUUUGAUCUCACAAUUAGAUAUGAAUACAGAAGUAUUAUUGAUAAAUCACGACCUUCGAUCUCAUUUAUUUGCGAAUAAAAAAAAUAUACUUAUUCCAUAUGCAAAUCAUCUUAUAAAUGCUGCUAAUAAAGUAGCAAACGAACUUGAUUCUUAUAUAGGAAUUCACUGGCGUAUGGAAACAGGCGUAACCAAACCAUUGAUUCAAUGUGCAAAUAAGCUUGCGGAAUGGAUUAAUUCAACGAAAAAGACUACCAAAAUAUCUAAUGUUUAUUUUGCUACUGAUUAUCCUAUUGGUGGUAUGGAAAAAGCCCAAUCAUCCACAUUUCAUGCAGUAACGAAAGAACAUCAUGAAGCAGUGAGAAUUUUGAAUUCUUCAAUGUACUUGAAUACUUGGAAGUCUACAAACUCUCUAAAAUAUCUUGAUGAAUUUCCAGAAUUAAAUAAAAUAAUUCAAAAAGAGUUCAAAGGUGCAGGCGUACAAGGAAUUAUAGAUAAAUUGAUUUUAGCUUUAUCAAAUUAUUUUGUUACUGGAUCAGAAGGAUGUUGUAGGACUCGUAGCUCUUUUACUGGAAAAAUUAUUCAAGCAAGAAUGGCAAUGAUGAGAGAUGGGAAUCCGAGGAUAAAAAACAUUGUGUCGCUGCUUGAUCCAUCUAAUUGA